CGGAAGUCCGUCAGAAAAGCCAGACAGAAGAGGUCGCAGAGUUCCUCACAGUUUAGAUCUCAAGGCAAGCCCAUUGAGCUCACACCUCUGCCGCUGCUGAAAGCUGAUGGGGAGAUGGCUGCAGUGAGAUGGUGAUAGAAAUAUGGAGAAGCAUCUACUGCAAAAACGGAAGAGGAAGACAUGUGGUUCAACUUUGCUGCUCACUGCAGUGACUUCUUCAGUGAGAAUCCUUCUGGAGAUGGUUUAACUUUAAUGGCCUUCCAGAUCGAUGGAACCUGACCUGGUGGAACCUCAUACACUCUAAUAACUAGACGUUCCAACCUCAGAGCAGCCUGAACUGUUCCUAAAGAAACUUCAGCAGUGCUGUGUCAUUUUUGACUUCAUGGACACGCUAUCUGAUCUAAAAAUGAAAGAAUACAAGCGCUCCACUCUUAAUGAACUGGUGGACUACAUUACAAUAAGCAGAGGCUGUCUGACAGAGCAGACUUACCCUGAAGUAGUUAGAAUGGUAUCUUGCAAUAUAUUCAGAACUCUCCCUCCUAGUGACAGCAAUGAAUUCGACCCAGAAGAAGAUGAACCUACCCUCGAGGCAUCGUGGCCCCACUUACAGCUUGUAUAUGAAUUUUUCAUACGAUUUUUGGAAAGCCAAGAAUUCCAACCCAGCAUUGCCAAAAAAUACAUAGAUCAGAAAUUUGUAUUACAGCUUUUGGAGCUAUUUGACAGUGAAGACCCCCGAGAACGGGACUAUUUAAAAACAGUCUUGCACAGGAUUUAUGGCAAGUUUCUUGGGCUUAGAGCAUUUAUCCGAAAACAAAUUAACAAUAUUUUUCUAAGGUUUGUUUAUGAAACAGAACACUUCAACGGUGUAGCUGAACUGCUGGAAAUAUUAGGAAGUAUUAUCAAUGGCUUUGCUUUACCACUUAAGGCAGAGCACAAACAGUUCCUGGUCAAAGUGUUGAUCCCUCUACAUACUGUCAGGAGUUUAUCUCUCUUCCAUGCCCAGCUGGCGUAUUGUAUAGUACAGUUUCUGGAGAAAGAUCCUUCACUUACAGAACCAGUUAUUAGGGGUUUAAUGAAAUUUUGGCCUAAAACAUGCAGUCAAAAAGAGGUCAUGUUCCUUGGGGAGCUGGAAGAAAUCUUGGAUGUGAUUGAACCAUCACAGUUUGUUAAAAUCCAAGAACCUUUGUUUAAACAAAUUGCCAAGUGUGUUUCUAGCCCCCAUUUUCAGGUAGCAGAAAGGGCACUCUAUUAUUGGAAUAAUGAAUACAUCAUGAGUUUGAUAGAAGAAAACUCCAACGUCAUCCUUCCCAUCAUGUUCUCCAGUCUUUAUAGGAUUUCAAAAGAGCAUUGGAAUCCGGCUAUUGUGGCGCUGGUGUACAACGUGUUGAAGGCCUUCAUGGAAAUGAACAGCACCAUGUUUGAUGAGCUGACAGCCACAUACAAGUCAGAUCGUCAGCGUGAGAAAAAGAAAGAAAAGGAGCGUGAAGAAUUGUGGAAAAAAUUGGAGGAUCUGGAGUUAAAGAGAGGUCUUAGGCGCGAUGGGAUAAUUCCAACUUAACAGCAAUCUGACAGCGACAUCACUAACCCAUGGGGUCACAUGCUUAUGUAGUAGAAGGAUGGAGCAACAGUUUUCUGUAUUGUGCAACUUUACAGUAGAUUUCACAUUUGUCUCAUUAUUACAGCAGCACUGUAUAUACCUGUCUCUAAGUAAAGGAAACAUAAGGACUUCAAUCCAAAGUUUGGACAGUAGAUGGACUUCUCAGAACUUUGCAAACAUAAUCAUUGUUCUAACCCUCUUAAAAAAAAGAAAAACAACAAAAGGUCUUCAGAGAUCUGUUGGUGAAAUUGCUAUGUUAAAAUUCCAUUAUCAGGAGUUCCUUAUUUAUCACUAGCAGAGAGUAUGAUACAAUUUUCAAAUGUGAACAAUCUUAAAUUUAGCUUGUCUUUCUGCUAAGCUGUUAAAUGUAUUUAUAGUAAAGGAAGAAAAGAUUGUCAUUCUUUAUAAGUUUGUAUAACACCCUCCUCUGGACAGCUUGACUGUAAUUUGGCAUCUUUUCCUUUUGCACACCUUCAUGAGUCAGAUGUCCGCGUGGAAUGGGGCAAUGAAUUACAGAGGUCGCUGGUGAAAUUUGUCUGCUGGGUGAGCAUCCUCCCGGUGCCCAGGUGUUGCCGGUACUCCUUUAGUUUUCAGAUCAGGAGUAACAAGAGAGGGGGUGAUAAGCAUAGUAGCGAAGGGAAUGUUGGGCUGCGUAUCAGAUAUGGUAAGUCCAAAUCAAUGUCUUGAAUCCUUUGAAAACAGGCAGCGGGACGCGCAAGGCCCCAGCCCCUGCAGCACUGGCUGCAGUCGUCAUGGUGCAUCCAGAGCAGAGACAAUUUAGACAUGUCAGAGAAACGUCCUUUCCCACCCUAUGAAGUGAGAAAGACAGAACACUAAGCAUAUAACCAUGACAUUGAGCACCAGGACUACGCAUCCAAUUGGGGACCGAGUGGAGCAAACAGCGUGAACUGUUUGAAGUUGUUGCCUUACUUUCUAAUAUGUACUUAUAAAGUAUUUCAGCAAAAGAGGAUGCAGCCUCUGGGAGAAACAAAACAUGUUCCAGUGUUUUUUUGUAGAUUCUUGUUCAAUAGCUCACCACAGCGCCAGCCCUGUUUUUAGCCAGAAAGGAUUCAGGAUCAACAUUAUGCAUUCUGAUAUGGAUGCAUAUUCCUAACUACUGUAUUUGUUACCAAAAGUGGUUCUACAAAUGCUACUGAAAAAAAUCUGGAAAUUCCUAAUGUCCUGAGUAUUAAUAAUAAAGUUUAAAAAAUACUUUUAUAUCAAAGGUGCAUCGUGACCAAAUUGUUUAAGAAAUAAAAACAAAACUAGGGCUAUACUCUAGAUGUAUCUUAUUGGCUCUCUGUUCUGUAUUAAAGGAAGAAUCUUGCUUGAUAGGCAAAUUGCUGAUGUACUGGUGUGCAGUAUGUACUUGCCCAAUGUGGUUGCAUUGCUGUGUACUGACAAAUAUGUGUUGGGGGAUUUGUUUCCUGGGAAGCUCUUGUUCAUUAGAGACAGGGCUGAAUAACCCUGAACCAUCAUGUCCAGCAGUGUUCAUGACGUAGAGCUGAUUCUGUGUUCAUAUGUUGAGUUGUGAUCGUAGCUAACGUGAACACAUGAACUGUUGUUGCUCUCGUAGAAAUACCAUAUAGAUAUGGGCUUGUAUAUUUCCUUCCUUUUAAAUGUAAAGUAGAAUAUGCAGCUUUGUUGUUUGCAAGAAAAAGGAGGGGAAAAGCCAUUGAUUGACCUUUCUCACUUAUGAAGUGUUUCCAGAUUGUCGGUCACAGUGUGUACAUAAAGUAAACUAAUGGUGGAUAAUGUUUUCAUCUAGGUACCUUUGGUUUUUUUUUAAUGCCUUUGUUGAUUCUCAAAAGGAAACACAGUGUUUUGUUGUUGUUGUUGUUGUUGUUUUAUAAGGUGUGAGACCUCCAAGUACAAGAUGGUUCGGUGGAACGCAUAGGGUUUUAGAGAGCAUCCCUAACAAGGAGGGUCCCGUGUUAGAAACGUGCUGGAGCAGAGGUGCAGGUUCACAUACUGAUGCUGAGAAUUAAACCCGUAGCCCAUCUCUUCUUUUAGCUUUUCUAUUUUAGCCGUUACUUUAGAUUUUCAUUACACGUAUCUUUGAUAGUAUAAACUUUGCUUGCCGUAACCUGUGCCCCUCGGGAUGAAAUGUGCUCAUUUGAGAUGAGCGAGGUCAGGACCCCUCUCUGCACCAUGUCCUUGUCCUCUGAGCUGAGGGCGAACAGUGCUGGCACCCUGUCUGUCAGUUUUGUCUGUUGAUCAUUCCCAGCUGAGAAGAAUAAAGCUAAGCUUUAGACUAUUUAAAGAUUUGUGAUUAGAGCUGUCUAAACUCACAGGGCAA